UACCCAAAACCAAAAGGAUCCCUUUUUGCCCACCCUUUCUGUUUGUAUGAGAGAGUCUUUUUGUACCAAUCAAAUUACAGUCACACACACAAAAGCUCUCUUCUUCUCUAAAUCGUUGAAUCCCACUCUAACUCUCCCUUUCUAGGGUUUAUCGCCAUUCCAUCUCACCAUCUCUUCCUCCAAAUUUCCUCUCCCAAACUUCCACAAUCGAAGCUCUACGACCUAUGUCUUUUGCCGAUGUACAAUGCACUUGAAUCUGCAUCCCCGAUCUACCGCAUUUUCCACCUGUACUGGUUUUCAAUGUGGUUGUAGAAAUGUUGAAUUCUGAAGUAAGAUUUAGAUGAGUAAGCGUGAAUUGUCAAGGAUGAAGUCACCGCCGGUUCCAUUGGCCACUCUGAUUGGCCGUGAGCUUCGUAACAAAAAAGUUGAAAAACCUUUCGUAAAGUAUGGACAAGCUGGAUUGGCUAAGAAAGGAGAAGAUUACUUUCUGAUCAAAACAGAUUGCCACAGGGUUGCUGGGGAUCCAUCAACUGCAUUUUCUGUCUUUGCGAUUUUUGAUGGGCAUAACGGUAUAUCAGCUGCUAUUUAUGCGAAGGAAAACUUGCUAAAUAAUGUUUUGAGUGCAAUACCGCAAGAUAUCAGCAGGGAUGCAUGGCUGCAGGCCCUUCCCCGUGCUCUAGUUGUUGGUUUUGUGAAGACUGACACGGAGUUUCAGCAGAAGGGGGAAACAUCUGGAACAACAGCUACAAUUGUUCUGGUUGAUGGAUGGACUGUCACUGUUGCAUCUGUUGGGGAUUCCCGUUGCAUAUUAAAUACUCAGGGAGGUGUAGUUUCUCUCCUGACAGUUGAUCACAGACUGGAAGAGAAUGAAGAAGAGAGGGAGCGUGUUACUGCCAGUGGUGGUGAAGUAGGAAGACUCAAUGUAUUUGGGGGCAAUGCGGUAGGGCCUCUUCGCUGCUGGCCUGGGGGAUUGUGCCUAUCUAGAUCAAUAGGAGACACAGAUGUGGGAGAAUAUAUUGUGCCAAUACCACAUGUUAAGCAAGUGAAACUUUCAAAUGCAGGUGGAAGGCUUAUUAUAGCCUCUGAUGGUAUUUGGGACACUUUAUCUAAUGAUAUGGCCGCCAUGUCAUGUCGGGGUCUACCUGCAGAGCUUGCUGCAAAGCUAGUUGUUAAGGAAGCUCUAAGAUCUAGAGGCCUGAAGGAUGAUACAACCUGCCUUGUUGUAGAUAUUAUUCCUUCUGACCUCCCUGUAUUACCACCAACUCCAAGAAAGAAACAAAAUAUGCUAACCACGCUUCUUUUUGGAAAGAAAUCUGAUAACUCUUCAAACAAAGCUACCAGCAAGCUUUCUGCAGUUGGUGUUGUAGAGGAGUUAUUUGAAGAGGGUUCUGCAAUGCUUAUAGAAAGGCUUGGUAAGGAUUUUCCAUUUAAUAAGAAUUCUGAGAUUUUUCGCUGUGCGAUUUGCCAAGUGGAUCAACCCCCUGGCAAUGGUCUAUCAGUGAACUCUGGACCUUUCUUUUCUCCAGCAUCUAAGCCAUGGGAAGGCCCAUUUCUCUGCACUAACUGUCGGAAGAAAAAAGAUGCCAUGGAAGGAAAGAGGCCCAGUAGACCUACCGUUACAGCACAAUAAUGAUCUAAUAUUAUGGUUUCAUAGUAAAUAUUUGUAGAUGUGCAAGAAAUGAGGUUAAUAUUAUGAAAUGAGCACAGUAAUGAUCUAAUAUUAUGGUUUCUUGCACAUCUAUGACAUCUAUGAGCUUGCUUGAUUUACAUUUUCGGGGGGGAUUGUCAUAGAUGUGCAAGAAAUGAGGUUAAGAUAGGUCUAGUAAGCGACUAAGUGUUGUGAAAGUUAUUUCAAGUUUGAUUCUGGCUUGUGCUCAGCUGUUGGACUGACUUAUAGAACAAAAUGGUGUCUAGUAGAUAGGUGAUUUGUGCUAAAAGCUAACGGCUGAUAUUUGUAAGUAAACUGAAGCUAUGGUUACCUCUCCCUUUUGAGAGUUUCAAUGGUACAGUACAGUCGCAUCUGUAUCUUCUAAAUUUGCUGAUGGAUCAUGGAAGUCUAAAACAACGUCUGAAGAUCAGGAUUUUGUGAUCCCUGUUAACUCCCCUCCCCCACCCUAAGCAAAAAACUUUAUUAGGUAAGUUUGGUCAUAUGAAUCAAAAUUGUCAUGAGUUAUUAA